GGAAGUGGCGGUCGGAGAGGCAGCGCUGAGGUGUCGGCCGGCGGAUUGCGGAGCCGAGGGAGCCCGGGGCGGGGGCGUUGGUCAUGUUUCCCUUCGGGCCCCGGAGUCCCGAGGGGGACGGCGCGGAGGAGCCGACGCCCCACGGCGGGUCCGCGGCAGCCGUCAGGCCCUCCUCGCCGCCGCCGCCGCCCCAGCCCGAGGCUGACUCAGGCCCGCCCCCGCCGGCCGCCCGGAGCCCCCGGCGCCCCGGCGUCUCCUCGCUGCCCGCGGCCGCGCGCGCCGGGGAGCUGGGGCCGCCGGCCGGAGCGACGGAGCCCUUGUCCUCCUCCCAGGGAGAGCCGUCCCCGCCUGGGUCCCCACGCCGGCGCUCGGGGCCGGACUGCAGGGCCGGGAGCCGGGGCUGGCCGGGCCUCUGCGGCGGCCUGGGCAGCUCCGGCGCCCGGCUGUUCGGGUGGCUGCGAGAGCGCAGCCUGGGCCGCGGGCUCUUCGUGGACCCGGCGCGGGACAACUUCCGCACCAUGACGAAUCUCUACGGUUCCAUCCACCCGGCGGACUCGGUGUACCUCAGCACCCGCACCCACGGCGCCGUCUUCAACCUCGAGUACUCGCCCGACGGGUCAGUUCUGACAGUUGCCUGUGAACAGACUGAAGUUCUCCUUUUUGAUCCUAUAUCUUCAAAGCACAUAAAAACUCUUUCUGAAGCUCAUGAAGACUGUGUAAAUAAUAUCAGAUUUCUUGAUAACCGGCUGUUUGCUACCUGCUCUGAUGACACUACAAUAGCACUAUGGGAUCUGAGAAAAUUGAACACCAAAGUAUGCACUUUACAUGGUCAUACUAGCUGGGUGAAGAACAUCGAAUAUGAUACUAAUACAAGACUCUUAGUAACAUCAGGAUUUGAUGGAAAUGUCAUUAUUUGGGACACUAACAGGUGUACAGAAGAUGGGUGUCCACAUAAGAAAUUUUUUCAUACACGUUUCCUCAUGCGAAUGAGGUUAACACCAGAUUGUUCAAAAAUGUUGAUCUCCACAUCCUCUGGAUAUCUCUUGAUUUUGCAUGAUCUUGACUUAACCAAGUCAUUAGAAGUAGGCAGCUAUCCCAUUUUGAGAGCAAGAAGAACUACAUCAAGCUCUGAUUUGACCACGUCAUCAAGUUCAUCUGGUCCUAGAAUUUCUGGUUCACCUUGUCAUCACAGCGAUUCUAAUUCAGCUUCUGAGAAACACAUGUCACGAGCCUCUCAAAGAGAAGGAGUUUCACCACGAAACAGUCUUGAAGUCUUAACCCCUGAAGUUCCUGGUGAAAGAGACCGUGGAAAUUGCAUCACAUCCUUACAGCUGCAUCCAAAAGGCUGGGCCACUCUGCUUCGGUGCUCAAGCAACACUGAUGACCAGGAGUGGACUUGUGUCUAUGAAUUCCAGGAAGGCGCUCCAGUGCGACCUGUCUCCCCUCGCUGCUCUCUACGACUGACUCAUUACAUUGAAGAAGCCAACGUGGGCAGGGGUUACAUCAAAGAACUUUGCUUCAGCCCAGAUGGGCGAAUGAUUUCUUCCCCUCAUGGCUAUGGGAUUCGCUUAUUGGGAUUUGACAAGCAGUGCAGUGAACUUGUUGACUGUUUACCCAAAGAAGCCAGUCCCCUGCGGGUGAUCCGCUCUCUGUACUCACAUAAUGACGUGGUACUGACGACGAAGUUCUCUCCAACGCAUUGUCAGAUUGCCUCAGGGUGCCUUAGUGGACGGGUUUCUUUGUAUCAGCCAAAGUUUUAGGCACAACUUACAUCAAAACAAGGAACUCUUCUGGUGGUUGACUUAUAAAUUACUUCAAUUUAGGUGAAGUAUUUUCAGAAUAUCUAAUGUUUGGGUCAAGAUCCUAGUUCUUAUGGGUCUACGGACACCCCCGUGACCUGAGCACUCGGUCGUCCAGCACCAUCCGGGCACCUCUGAGGUAGACGUGCUGCAGCGGCGUCUCAGCAUUCCUCUCCUCCUGCUGAUCUGUGCCACUCAGCUCCACCUCUUCUGGGGAUUUUGCACAAUCACUCUUGUCAAGUUCCUGUUCUUUACCCCCUUGCUUCCCCCGUUUCCUUCUCUCUCCUCCUCCCCAGUUCUGGUGUAAAUAUUGUGGACACUUGACAGGAGUUUUGGUUGAGACAGGAGAAACCUAUGACACAAGUACUGAAUAAAACCCAGAAGUUUCA